GAUUCUACUCGUGAGCUUGGGCGUAAUAAUCAGUUAUUGUGGUUGUGCAAAACAUGUCACGAGUUUCGCAUUGGCACAAAUUCACUUCUCACAAAUCGGCUAUCAAGAGCGAUUUGCUUCCUGAGAUCCUCGCUUUCGUUGAUAAGCGAGCGCUAGCACCCAUAUUAGCUAAGCCGUCUGUUAGCAACGCAUCGCGAACGCACACAUCCACUAAUGUAUCGUCGCUCAAUGCCACAAAUACAUCCAGAACGACUAAAACAGCUUCCGCUCGCCGUACAUUUACUAACUCAACGGAGCUCACUGAUGAUAUCCAAGCUGCGAACGAUACCAACACUGUGGAAGAUUCUGACAACUGUAACCACUACAAUCAUCGUACUAAGCCGACUAGUGAUGUUAGUGCUGGAAACUAUCGAACAAAUACACAAGCAUCUUCUGAUCCUGUUUUGAACCAUAACACCACCAACACGGGCAUAGCCGAGAAAGUAUGGUUAUACUUCACGAACAUCAAAUCGCAUGUCUCGGCUGAUGAUAUGCGUGUGUGGCUUAAAGCUGUGCUACCAACGGACGAUAUUAAUGUUUACCGUCUCACGAAAAAGGGUGUGAACCUGGACUCGAUGUCCUUCAUAUCGUUCAAAGUCAGUGUUCCUAAAUCUCUUAAGGAGCUUGCGCUGCAGUCUACUAUUUGGCCAGUUUCACUUACUGUUCGGGAGUUUGUUGCUCGUGGCCUACCAAAGCAACGUGUACAUGAAAGGGCUCGAUUUGACCCUUCUGAGCUUAUUUCGCAUCGUACAAAUAGUGAAAAUUGCUCUUCAGCUGUGCCAAAAACUACCGCUCAUCCGGAUCAUUUUUUGGAACAUCGAUCGCCACCCCCACAGCGCGUGAUUCUAUCACCAUCCCAGAUGACCGAGAUCCUAGAGGCUAUUCAACUGUAGUUUCCUCCCACACCGCCUCAGUUAUCACCGGGGGUGGGGCUUCAAUCACAAUCCAAUCUCAGCAACAAGAACCGCUCACCACAGAUCAGCCCGUCUGCCAAACGGAUAGGUCACAAUUAAUAGACCCAUUCGUGAUAUAUUACCAAAAUGUUCGAGGCCUUCGCACCAAAUACAAUGAAUUGCGCCUUUCUGCGAAUGAAUCAGGGUUUGAAAUGCUUACCCUUACUGAAACCUGGUUAAAUGAAUCGAUUCCAUCCAACAUGGUCCUUGAUAGUGAUGCCUACAACAUAUACCGCUGUGAUCGAAGCAGGUUAAACAACGAACGUUCGCGUGGGAGUGGUGUGCUACUUGCAUGUUCCGUUCGAUAUCCUUCUGUGGCACUUAACAUUAAUCAACCCACGCUUGAAGCUUUAUGUAUACGUGUUUCUUUUUCUAAGUUUCGUCUUUAUGUGGGGAUUGUUUAUGUGCCACCGUAUUUGAGCAGCGACCGCAACUAUUUGGAAUCCCUUUCUGCUUUCAUCAGUGAUGCAUACAUGCAAAUGAAACCGAAUGAUCAUCUUGUCCUUCUGGGUGACUUCAAUCAACCUGCGUUAGAGUGGUCGCUUUCUACCGCAGUAAGGCCAGAUUCAUCUUCAGCUAUAAGACAUUAUGUGCCACAUAUUUCUUCGAAUACAUCCAGUUCCUGCUUUUUGGAUAUGUUAAACCUGCAUGAACUCUAUCAGCUGAACGGGGUGCAUAACCAUUUAAAUCAUUAUUUGGACCUGGUGCUCUGCAACUCUGCUGCAGCUGCUUGUUGUUCUGUGUAUCCUGCUUCGUCACUGCUCCUGCCCCAGGAUGCCCAUCAUCCUGCUCUAGAAAUUGCGUUACUGUCUUCUUUAUUUAGGGCUAGUAGGGUUAUGAAUGUAUUACCUUCUGCUCCUAAUUCAUUGAGUGUUCGUUAUAAUUUUCGGCUCACAGACUAUCGUAAACUUAAUUCAAUUCUAUCUCGUUCCGACUGGUCUUUUUUUAUCAAUGUACAUCGGUCGACGAGGCUGUCCAAUCGUUUAAUGCUUUGUUAACCUCUGCACUCCUUUCAUGUACACCUAUUUUUCGUCCCCCUCCUAAUCCUCCCUGGUCCAAUCGUACUCUUCGCAACCUGAAAAAGGAUAGAAUGAAAUAUCUUAGGAGGUAUCGUCUGAACCGAUCUGCUUUCAACUUUCGUUUAUUUAAGUACGCUGCCUCUGCGCAUCGACUAUACAACAGGGCUCGUUUUGAGGCCUAUUCGAGUAGACUGCAAUCGCGUUUCCGUUCUGAUCCAGCAUCCUUCUGGCAAUUUGUUAGGAUUCGAAGAGGGUGCAAUACGUUACCUAAUGAAAUGGUACUUGAUUCUCGAACUGCCUCUACGCCUGUUGAGAUCUGUGAGCUAUUCUCUGCACAUUUUUCCCAAAUGUUUGAGCCACCGGUUAGUGACCCUAACCUUAUUGAGGGUGGGCUACUCUACACGCCAGAGAACUUAAUUAAUCUCUCCGAUAUUUCGGUUAGCUCUGAAACAGUUGUACAGGUGUUAUUUGGGUUGAAACGUUCUUUUUCUCCUGGUCCAGAUGGCAUUCCUGCCUCUGUUUUAAUAAACUGUAAGGACGUGCUUGCUCCACACCUUGCUAAAAUUUUCAACCUUUCACUUUCUCUUGGGGUUUUUCCACAUCACUUUGCCCGAUGGGCGGUGUGCCGUUUUUGUCAUCCGUCCAGUUCUCGAAGGAAGUCAACAGUUCGAUAG